UUCAGCUGUGUGCUCUUCUGACGAGCCUGAGGCCAUUGUGCAGCAGAUUAAAGCGCAGCGUUGACUCCUCUCCCUGCCUGCUCUGCUUUGCUCCGCUCGGCUCACUCGCAAGUCACGUGACCAGUCAAAUCGCAGCCUUUGCUGUUAGAAAAUCUCGUUUUGUCAUAGUCCACAGUCCUUGACCCAAGAUUCAAGUCUUUACCCAUUCUUGAUGAAGCCAUCUGUGACCAAGUCUACAAGGAUCUCACAAGUGAAAUUAUGGAGCAUCAGUUUCAAGCAGUGCAAGAAGGCCCAAGCAACGAGCAAGACCAGGCAUCAGUAUCCCCUCCUCAAAAGAAGACUGCCAUGUCAGAGUUAUUUGGGGAUCUUCUCAAAACAGAGCAGCAGACCAAAGCAUUUCCCCAAAAGAUUGAGGAAGAGGUUUCCUCAUACAAAGCAGCUGGUGGCCUUAAUGUGGAUGCUGAUCCUUUCCGCUGGUGGAAAGAACAUCAGGUCACAUUCCCCUACAUUUCAGAGGUUGCACAACGCUACCUCUGUGUCCCUGGCACCCCCGUAUCAAGCGAAAGAGUCUUCUCCACUGCAGGUGACAUUCCCAGUCAUCCAUAAGCACCAUGGGAAAGAAGAGUCGAGUGAAGAUUCAGAAGUCAGGCUCAGGAGCCAGUACUGUGGUUUCCCCCAAGGAGAUGAUGAACCUGAUCUCUGAACUGCUGCAGAAAUGCAGCAGUGCUGCACCCUCUGCUGGUAAAGAGUGGGAGGAGUACAUCCAGAUCAGAGGUUUGGUGGAGAAGAUCCGCAAGAAACAGAAAGGUAUGUCAAUACUGUUUGAGGGCAGCCGAGAGGACUGCUUUCCGGACUUGCUGUCCUGGGCUCGGGAAAAUGGGGCGUCCUGUGACGGCUUCACAGUGGCCAACUUUGGUACGGAGGGCUACGGCCUGCAGGCCACUAGAGACAUCAAGGCAGAGGAACUGUUCCUGUGGAUUCCCCGGAAGAUGCUAAUGACUGUGGAGUCGGCCCAAAACUCUGUACUGGGUCCUCUGCACAGUCAGGAUAGAAUCCUACAGGCCAUGGGCAACGUGACACUGGCCCUCCACCUGCUAUGUGAGCGAGCCAACCCUGCUUCACCCUGGCUACCAUACAUUCGCAGUCUUCCUCAGGAGUACGACACACCGCUUUUCUACCAGCAGGAUGAGGUGCAGGAGCUGCUGGGCACACAGGCAGUGCAGGACGUCUUGAGCCAGUAUAAAAACACUGCACGUCAGUAUGCUUACUUCUACAAGCUGGUACAGACUCAUCCCGCCGCCAGCAAAUUGCCCUUGAAGGACAACUUCACAUUUGAUGACUACAGGUGGGCAGUGUCCUCAGUGAUGACCCGUCAGAACCAGAUCCCUACUGAGGAUGGCAGCCGAAUCACUCUGGCUCUCAUCCCCCUCUGGGACAUGUGUAACCACAUAAAUGGACUGAUUACCACUGGCUACAAUCUGGAGGAUGAUCGUUGUGAAUGCGUGGCACUGCAGGACUACAAAGAGAAUGAACAGAUCUACAUCUUCUAUGGCACGAGAUCCAAUGCUGAGUUUGUCAUCCACAACGGCUUCUUCUUUCAAGACAACGCCCAUGACCGAGUGAAGAUCAAGCUGGGCGUCAGUAAGAGCGAACGCCUCUAUGCCAUGAAGGCCGAAGUGCUGGCACGAGCCGGCAUCCCAGCGUCCUGUAUCUUUGCUCUGCACUGUAAUGAACCCCCCAUUUCAGCUCAGCUCCUAGCCUUCCUCAGAGUGUUCUGCAUGACAGAGGAGGAACUAAAGGACUAUCUGCUUGGAGAUCGGGCCAUCAAUAAGAUCUUUACCCUGGGCAACAGUGAGUUUCCUGUCAGCUGGGAGAAUGAGAUUAAGUUGUGGACUUUCCUUGAGACCCGAGCUGCUCUGCUGCUCAAGACCUACAAGACCACCUCACAGGAGGACGUCUCUAUGCUUGAGAAACCUGAUCUAUCGCUCCAUUCUCGCAUGGCAAUCCAGCUCCGCCUAGCUGAGAAGCAGAUCCUGGAGAAAGCCUCAGCCAGUGGACGGGCCAAACGUCUGCAUUUCGAGAAGAAGCUGGAGGAGGGCGCUCCGUUGCCUCUGUACGAGGAAAGCGAUAUUGCUUUGCUGGAAAAUACUGAUGCAGAUGAAAAGCUUCCUAUCAUCCUGCGCAAGCUGGAAGAGGUGGAAGAAGGUCAGGAGAUCCAGGUGGAGGAGCACAGUCACUUCCUGAAUGGGGAGAAGGCUGUGUAUGGGAUGGAUAUGGAGGCUAAUGGAGAAGCAGUGCAGGAGAAGACUCAGGAGAAAGUCAGCAAAGAUGAUAAUUCAGCUUUGGACUUGAUUGGAAGUUCAACCCAGAAGACACAAAGGGAAAUGACUGACCUAAGUGCCAGUCGAACUGAAGAUAAUCCCAAAGACAACAGUGACUAAAUAUUAUUUCACUCACUGCCACAGCCAAUGCUAUUUAUUUGUUUUUGAGUCUCCCAAAUGACUAAAAAAUACGGAAACUGGAAAAAAUUGCAGGGCUUUUCCGACUGUACAUUCAUCCAGUGUGGCUUUUCUUAGUUGUUCUCAGCUGAACUUGUUUGAAAAUGCUUUUGAUUGACAUUAGCUUUUGUUUGAUGUUGAAAACAUAGGUUUACAUCAAAACAGUUGGGGUCUUGCAGCAUAAAAGAAAGUGAAGAGGGAACACCACAAAGUGGUUCCAGCAAAUUGUUAGGUGAAGAGAAAAAAAACAAAAUGGAGUUAGGUGAAUGUUAUUUCCACAAAGCCAAAACGUCUCUGAUCUUGUGAAUUGACUGGUUUAUUACUGCAGUUUGUCUCCAUCUAUGUCUGGUAUGCUUUGAGUUGACAGUCAUAUUUUCUAGUUUAUUUUGGGGUGUGCCACUGAGUUAAGACUGUCACUGCCCUCUCUUCCCCUGUUUUUUUCCCUGGUUAGAAUCAUUUCAAGCAAAACAUAAAGUUAUUAACCUAUGAGUUCAGCAUGACAAGCCAAAAUGAAAGAUAGUUUCUGCUUUUAUAUUAAAAAAAAUAUCAUGUACCAAAUGUACAAUUUUUUUUUACCAUCAACUUGUACAUUUUCCGUCAUCAGAUGACUGCAGCCCUUAUUUCAUAACAAAGAAUUUGUUUUAAUGUGUGUUUUAAAAAGAAUGUUUAUGUUUAUGUCACCAAAAGGGAGUGACUAGUGACCUAAUGAUCACUGAGAAAGCCAUAUGCAGCACUGAGGACUGGAUCAAACAGAAGAUGAUUAAAUAAAAAAAAAAAAUCAUGUGAGCAUGUCAGUAGAUUUUUAUUCUCUUUAGUUUGUUGUAACUGUGAGGGUGGUCCCAGUAGACUCUGAUUCUGUCGACUGAUAUAAAAAAAGAACAACUCUGACUGAGUCCCUAGCAGUCAAUACAUUGUGGAGGGAAGCAUGCAAUUUUGGCCGAGACUCUCAUCAGGACAUUUGACCUUAUUUUAGAAAAUGUGAAUGUAGGUAUAUCCAGUUUAAUCCAUUUACCCUAAAUGACUUAUUGGGUAGUGAAUAUGUGAAGUGAAAUUCAAACAUAACCUGAUAUGUCCAUUACUUCUUCCAUUACUUUGUGUAGCUACUUCAUGCUUCAACUCUACUACAGUUAUGCAGGGACACAUAUUUGUUUAUAGUGGUACUAUGUUUGGCUCAAUAAUAAUGCAUGAUUGACAUUGUUUGGCAAAAUAAUCACCAGUCAAGGUCCACCCACUACUUUUUGGAGCUUUUGAAAAUGUUUCACAGUCUUUUAUCAGAACAUGUAAUUGUUGGUUAAGGUGUCAUCAUUUAAUAUAACUAUGGAACUUGGGUUAAUGAUAACAAGUGGUUGUAUAUACGGCGUCCCUCCUUACUCCUCAUUUCCACUUACGUAUGCGUACACAUAGACGAGUCAACUGGAAGUCCAUUGAUUCCAAUGGGAAUCUUCGUGAUAUCUGAUGUGCCUGUGAAACUCCUCCCCUCCGUAAUAUUUCGGUCUGGAAUUUUCCUUGAGUACGUUAAAAAAAAAUUUACUUUUGUGGUGGAUUUCGGAGAGACCAUAUGACAGUGUGCUAGCUUAGCUAACAGGCUGCUAACUUGGCUAUUUCCUUCAAUUCAGUUGCCUUUGUUGAUUGUCAAGAGAGUUUGUAUGAUUAAAGAGAACUUGUUUAUCCAGUUUAAACACAUUGUAAAUAUAGAAUAGAAAAGAAUAUCGUUUAUUUGUCAUUGUCACACGUACUACGAAAUUAAAGUGCCACCUUGUCAGUGCAUAAACUCAUAAAACUAUAUCAUAUAAAACCAUAAGCAGCAUUAAAAAGAAGACAGCUAGAAAUAAAUAAAAAGCAAACAUACAACCAUACAUGCUCUUCUCGGUCAUUUGCACAGUCCAUUAUUGCACUAAAAACCUGUUAUUGCAUUCUUGCAAGUUCAAACAGGGAAUGAUCAAGGUGUGAAUUGUCCUUCAUAAUUUUCUGUGCAGUUCUUUCAGAGAGGGGAGAAGGCUGUAUUUAUGAUCCUCUGGAGCUCUUUCCUCUGAGCCACUGUGCAGCUGGACACUAGCAGUCUCUGGGUGGUGAUGUUCGUCCUGAGCACCCUCAGGAAGUACAGUCUCUGCUGGACCUUUUUCAGCAGCUCAGAGGUGUUCACGCUCCAGGUCAAGUCGUGCUCAAUGUGGACUCCCAGGAAGUGAAAGUCAGCCACCCUCUCCACACAGUCCCUGCUGAUGAGUAGUGGUGGAAUGUCCGUUUUCUUUUUCCUGAAGUCUAUUACCAGCUCCUUGGUUUUUGAGGUGUUAAGGAGUAGGUUAUUCUCCCUGCACCACACUCUCAGCUGCUCCACCUCGUGCCUGUAGGCUUACUCAUCCCCCCCAGAGAUGAGCCCCAAAACAGUGGUGUUGUUCGCAAACUUGACAAUGGUGUUGCUGACGUGGGCGGGGGAGCAGCUGUUGGUCAAGAGGGUGUAGAGCAAGGGGCUCAGCACACAGCCCUGUGUGGAACCGGUGCUGAGGCUGAGGGCCGUAGAUGUAUGGUGACUCAUUCUAACUCUCUGGCUGCAACUGGACAGGAAGGUGCUUACCCACAUGCAGGUGGAAUGUUGAAGUCCCAGGUACCCCAGUUUGUCCACCAGUUUGUGCGGGGCAAUGGCGUUAAACGUGGAGCUAUAGUCCACAAAGAGCAGCCACGCAUACCUCCCCGGCUGUUCCAGGUGGAACAGUGCAGCAUGAAGGGCUCUGGCUACGGCAUCCUCUGUAGACCUUUUUGCUCUGUAAGCAAACUGGUGUGGGUCAAAACUAUUGGGCAGGAGUGACAUGAUGUGACCCCAGACCAGUUUUUUGAAGCACUUCAUCACCGCUGGAGUGAGUGCAACUGGCUGGUAGUCAUUGAGACUGGAGAUGUGAGGUUUCUUUGGCAGGGGGAAUAUGGUGGAGGACUUAAGACAAGGUGGAACAGUAGACAGUAGGUGAAGACUUCAGCCAGCUGGUCCGUGCAUUACUUCAGGACCCAUCCUGGAACGCCGUCAGGUCCAGCAGUCUUCCUCGGGUUAAUGGCCCGUAGAGCGGGCGCCUGACCAAAAAUCUGAGUAAUGUUAUUCUGCUAAAAUAUGAUUAUACAUUAUAUACAGUCAGAUUGUCAUUAUGACAUGUUCAGCUGUUUCAUACGUCUUUUUAAUGAAAUAUUUCACAAAUCAUGCUACGUACAUGGCAGGCCAACAUCUUCAUUUAUUUGUUGCCAUGCAAUAUUGAUCCUGGUUUUUGUCCUGGUAAUGUUUCAGGUGAAUAUUCCAAACUUGUGGAUGGUGAAAAAUGGACAAAAUUAAUUUUUCCCCCAUGGCUACAGGUAGUUUCUAUGAGAUUUCUAUCCACCCAUAAAGAAAUGCACGUCCUGGACACUAGAGGCAUCAUCUGUAUAUUUAUGGAUCUAUGGACACCAGUCACAUGCAUAAGUGGAAUUGAGGCGUUCAUGAUGAUGAUUCAAUCAUCGCUCAAGAAGACCCCGAGUCCAUUCGCAUUAAGACACAUCACUGCUUUUUCUUUUCUUUUUCUUGGAAGGCUGUAAACUUUUGUAAACAGUUUGUCUAAAAAUGACCUAAAUACAAAGAUGUGGUGGCAGAAGAGAAGGCUGAUAGGAAGAGAGGGCAGUGUGGCCUGUUUCUAAUCACUGCGCUCACGCUCUUAGCUCCUGAGCUGGAAGUCAGUUAAACUACUUUGGAACCAGAUGCUAGUAGUAUUGCUGCCAGUGUGACAACCAGGAGCCAACCAGGAUAUAGUAUUCUUUAACUGAACUAUGAGUAGAACUGUGUGUAAAUGUGAUGUUUUCACAUUACAGAUGACCAACAAAGGCAUUAACAUAUGAGUGGUACUGGUAUAAUAUGAGAUUGAUGUAGGACUUUAAUAUGGGACUGUACCAUAACUGGGCAGAGGUCAUAAACUCAAGAUUUCUCAGACUUGUAUGUAAGGUGUAUCAGUAAUAAUGUAUGGGUGGGUAAAUAUAUAACUAUAUAAAAUGUCACCUGACUCUAUGCAUCAACCUGAAGUGCAAACCCUUAGUGGACUCUGAACAUCCUGACUCUGGCAGGCCUUAGUUGUAUAUGAGGGGGAGGUGGUUAUGUUUCUGGCAUUGGAUGAUUCUGACUCCAGUCCUCUUCCCAAUCAGGGUCAGAGUCAAUGGUCUACUGGGGAAAAAUCAGUGAGGAAAUUUCUAUCUGACACUAGAGGCCAUCUCUGAACUAAGACAUAUGCAUUACCAUCUUCCCCGUAAAUAACCACCUGCUAUCAUGUGAUCAAACUGCCUACUUACUGUAGGUCACGUGACAUCCAAUCCACCUCAGGAAAACUGAGGAAACUCCAUGUUAGGUCAAUAAUAAAAAAAAAAAAAUAGUAAUGUUGGGAUGUUUCACACUUGCCAAGGCAUUAGACAUUGCCCAACCCUUCUCCAUUUACUGAUGAGGUCUUUGGGAUGUGGUUGAAAGCUCCAGUGAUUACUAGUAGGUAUACCUUUAGUUAAGAUUGUCUUGACAAACUGCUGUUCCCAGAGUCAAGAAUGAGUUUGCGAGCUUACUAGUCUUGAUAUAUAUACUCUGGUAAAUACUGCACCUCUAGUCCUAGACCUUGAGAGUUUUCCUUAUCUGCUGCGAGGGUCCUAAGGACAGAGGGAUGUUGUAUGCUGUAAAGCCCUCUGAGGCAAAUUGUGAUUUGUGAUAUUGGGCUUUAUAAAUAAAAUUGAUUGAUUGAUUGAUUGAUUGAUUGAGACAGCAGAAUGAAAUGUUACACUAUAACUUCUGUAAAGGUGAGCUGUACUUAAAUAGUAAGUACAUAGGCCAAACUCUCACCAGGGAUUAGCUCUGGAACACAGUGGACUAUCUUUUCUGAUCAUGCCUUCAUCUUUACCUUAAGUAAGUUCCUUAGAUAAACAGGUGAAAUGUGCCUUGUCCGCUGUCUCUUACAGUGGAGCAGGUGGGUCAAAUGUUGACGCUGAAAGAAAAGAUAACCAAAACUAUAAAAAUGAAAUAUAUGAGGGGACUGUAAGCAAAGCUGUUGCUCAUGUCAGAUCCAACUGUUUGGUUGUUUUAACAUUAAAGUUUCUGUAGUCAGAUACACCAUUUAAAACUGGUCGAACAAAGUUAACCAUGCAGUAAUAUAUAGAAUCAUAUUCAAUAGAAAGACUCAUUCUCAGUGACCAUGCAACACUUUCCAGAAAUUUCAAUCCAAUCGGGCCAAGCGGGUUACUUGGUCUGCAGUGGUGUUUGGGUGGGUGGAACGUGUCAGGUGGCAUCCACAUGAAUGCCAGGACCCAAGGUUUUGUAGCAGAACAUUGCAUAGUAACAAGAUGAUCAAUGUUAUGCACUUUACACACCAGUGGUUUAAAUGUUUUGGCUGGUCAGUGUAUAUGCCCUGUUGGGUUGUUUUCUGCUACAGUAGCAGCCGUAGACAUGGCUUUGUUGCAGCCUGUUUUUUUCCUUCGUCUUGCUUGGGCACUUCUUGCAAAUAUCAAACAGUUGAAGAAGCUUGUUUGUAAAUAUGAUUGACAGCUUCUUGUGCUCAAGGAUCAAUUACCUUUAUCAGCUUCAGUAGUCAUUUUCUGUGUUUUACACACUGAAAAGGAAUGAAUAAUCCUGACAGAUUUAGCAGAAUCCAUCUAAAUGUAUCUUUAAUUACAGCAAAAUUAUCGUUUAAAAGAUAUUUUUUUAAAAAGUUAUUAUUUGCAUCAUGCUGUGUGGUAACAAAUCUUAAGUGUGAAGAGGUCAAUUUUUGAUUUUAUAUUUUGAGAAUCAUUAGUAGCAGUUAGUUAAAUUGGUUUAAAAAAAACUCAUUUUAAAAUCUUGCUCUGUUCAAAUGUUAUUAUUCAGGUUUCACAUCUGCCCCAGUUAGCCAUACUGUGUCAAAACAUGUAUAUUUGUUUUGUAACCUGUUUGUGAUCAGUGUAAAUAUUUAUGCACAAUAUUACAGUUAUAGGCAUACCUGAAAGAAUAGUUCAACAUUCAUUCAUCUUCUAACCGCUUCAUCCUCUUGAGGGUCGCGGGGGGGCUGGAGCCUAUCCCAGCUGACAUCGGGCGAGAGGCAGGGUACACCCUGGACAGGUCACCAGACUAUCGCAGGGCUGACACAUAGAGACAAAUAACCAUUCACACCUACGGACUAUUUAGAGUUAUCAAUUAACCUAGUCCCCAAUCUGCAUGUCUUUGGACUGUGGGAGGAAGCCGGGGUGCCCGGAGAGAACCCACGCUGACACGGGGAGAACAUGCAAACUCCGCACAGAGGGGCUCCCGCGCACUCCCUCGCACAGAGGGGCUCCCACGCCCGGGAUCGAACCGGCAACCCUCUUGCUGUGAGGCGAGAGUGCUAACCACCACACCACCGUGCCAUAGUGCCAUAGUUCAACAUGUAAUGAAAAAUACAGUACACUUAUUAAUUGUAUUCCCGAGAGUGAGACAAGCUGAUUAUUAUUCUUAUGUCUGCGCAUUAAGUCAAGAGAAAAAACUUACUAACACCUAAACUGCUCACUUAUUGACACGCUGUAACUUGUUGAAUUUGUAUGUAUGUAUGAACUGACACAUGUACAACUGAAACUUAUUUUCAUGAUCAGUUAAUCUGCCAAAUACUCUCUCAAUAAUUCACUUGCUUCAUAAUAAAUGUCAGAAAAUAAAUAGUAAAUAAUUCUGUCAGUUUCCUACAGCUCAAGGUAAUGUUUAGAAAUUGCUUGUUUCCUGUGUCCACUAUGUGGCACUAGAGAGCGCACACUAUAGGUCAUGUUGCUUUUUAGAAAUUCUUGACCACACCAUAUAAAUUUCAUAUAAAUGAAAAGGUGAUUGUCCCACAAGGCUUAGUUUGUGUUGCUAUUAGGUGACACAAGGACUCUCACACCUCAUUGGCAUUUGAAUGUGUUACAGUCUAGUGUGUUAUCAAACACGUUACAUCAACUUCCUGUUUCAUGGCAAAUAAUGAGUUGCUAUGGCAAUUUUAUUAAAUGUAAACUCACAAUGUUCACGUGGAAGCAUCAUUAUGGUCUUGAGGCUAUGCUGACAACAUUUAGGAGUAUAUAAAUGUAUAAAACAUGUAAUUUCCUGUUGCCAGUAGGCAGAGAAAACUCAUGCUUUUAACAACUUUUCAUGCCAAAAUUCUUUAGAUGGUACAGAACAAGUUUGAAGUCAAUCAGAUUAAAUCUCUAGGAAGAGUAUGAUAAAAUAUAACCCCUAGAAAUGGUCAAAAAUGCAGAAAAAUUGCACAGUAAUAACUUUUUUUGUAAGUCUUCACAUGUUACAAAUGCCUUCUAAUUUUCAUGUAAGUAGGUGCAACACACUGCUGGAGUUACUUCAUUGAAGUUCAUUAGGGGGCGCUACUGAGCCAUUUUGUCAUACUGCAGCAUGAGACCCAUGAAAUCUAAAACUUUCCAGCAGGUGUCAUAUGUGCACAAAGUUUAGUGGGUUUUAGAGCAUCUUGAGGCCCUCAAAAAUGAUGUACUGUGUGAAAUAAUAAUUCCUUGCACCAUUUGUUGCUUGGGCCCUAAAAAUUAGAAAACAAAAUUAGAAUUUUGUUUGAGGGGAAAUUACAUGCUGGGACUUGCUCAGCUUUAUGCUAAGCUAGGCUAAUCAUCUCUUGGUUCCAAUGCACAGACAUGAGAAUGAUAGUGAUCUUUUCAUCUAAUCUCAAUAAGAAAGUAAAUAAGUGUAUUUACCAAAAUGUUGAACUAUUUUUUAAAUGUAUAGCCCUUGAAACUUGAAUUCUGCUAAAAAUGUUCUUGCCUUUUCUUGACAAAUCAAAAUCACCAACCAUGUAAAAUGUGAGUUGGGCUCACUCCUUGUUAACCUGUUAUAUAACAAAAGCUUGAUGCUGGUAAUGAACUGUCACUGCCUCAGUGUUCCCUCUCCCAGUGGUGUGCAUUAAUGUGAUCG